AUGAAGUUCGGCAAGCAGAUCCAGCGCCGCCAGCUCGACCUGCCCGAGUACGCCGCCAGCUUCUUCAACUACAAGGCCCUCAAGAAGCUCAUCAAGCAGCUCAGCGCGACGCCCACCAUCCCGGCCCAGGGCACAGUGCUCGACCAGACCGGCGACGUGCUCGAUGCCCAGGCGGCCCUGCGCGCGAACAAGGAGGUCUUCUUCUUCCGCCUCGAGCGCGAGAUCGAGAAGGUCAACGUCUUCUAUCUGCAGAAGGAAGCCGAGUUCUCGCUGCGGCUCAAGACCCUGCUCGACAAGCAGCGGGUCAUCCAGUCGCGCCGGACGGUGUCCAAUUCAAAGGCCCCGGCCAACUUUGUCGCGCUCAUCGAGGGCUUUCAGCAGUUCGAUGGAGACCUCAACAAGCUCCAGUGGGAUAAAACGUCCAAGUCCCGGACAAAAGAACUCUACCUGCAGCGCGCCGUCGAGGUCCAGCCGUGCUUCAACCGGGAAGUCCUCCGCGACCUCUCAGACCGCGCAACGACGGCCAGACUCGAGCUCGAGGCUUGGGCCGAAGGUGAAAACAUCCAGUUCAACGCUCCUCGCUCCACGGACAGGCCCGCCAGCAUCGCCGAAGAAGACGACAGCGACCUACACAUCCUCAACUCGGCCGCCGUGACGGGAAACCUCCAGCCGCUGCGGGACUGGCUCAGCAAGAUCCAGCUCUCCCCAGACGCCGCCGACCAUCUCACCCGCAUCUUCCUCACGGCCGUCAACGAGUACCCGGACGAGGUCCUCACCCUGCUGCUCGAAACUAACCUCGUAGAUGUGCAUGCGGAGGAUGACAUCAACGAGCGCAACUGUCUCCAUGAAGCCGUCAUCUCGGGCCGUCAGUUCGUCUUUGACGCCGCCCUCGAGCGUGGCGUCGAUAUCUCGCACUCUGACGUCUACGGGAGAAUACCGCUGCACUACGCCUGUAUGCAUGGGCGAGUCGGCAUGGUGCAUGCCCUACUUGAAAAGGGCCUCGCUACCAUCGACCUCACCGACCACGAUAACUUCACCCCUCUCAUCCACAGCAUCAUCAAGGACCAGGUCUCCUGCGUCGAGCAGCUGCUCUCACAUAACGCGCGUAUCAACCCGGCCUCGGAGUCGGAUCAUAUACCGCUCAACCUGGCCUGUCAGCAUGCCUCCCUGGCCGUCAUCAAGAUCCUCCUCGAACGAGAUGCAAAGUUCCUGCCAGACGCAGAGGGUCUAUACCCGCAACAUCUCGUUGCUCGCUCCUGUCGUUCUUCCUCUGUCCUCUUACUGCUCAAGGGCCACGGUGCAGACCUCGACCAGCGAGAUAAGCUGUAUCAGUGGACUCCGCUCUUCCACGCCGCGGCCGAGGGGUGUGUGGGAUGUCUGCGUACGCUGCUAGACUGCGGUGUAGAUGCGGAUGCUCUGGACGAAAAAGGCUUGCCGGCCAUGUACUACGCAGUCUGGGAGGGUCAUCUCGAAUGCAUGAACCUGCUCUGGUCCCAGCGGACCUCUCGUCCGAUCCAUGGACACACUCCGCUCGACGUCCUCAAUGGGCCCAGAUACCGUGAUGCCAUGACAGCUACUUUGACUCCCAAAAGCGACGAGAAGAAGGAUAUCCCGGCUCUAGAGGUCGACGGCAUACCCGACCUCUCCUUGCCUCCGCCCAUCAUCCCGCUCCGUCACUACGGCCACAACUUCCUAGACAACAAGACCUUCGUCCAGAUCCAUUUCAACCCGCCCUCCGCAGACCCCAUCGUCUUCUACCAAACAGGCCGCUACGCCGCCGCACGACUAACCAUCUCCUCCAAAAUGACGGACCUGAUCCCUCGAAACGUCAUGCUCCCGCUCCAAGAAGACUCCCGCUUCAUCUCCUUCCACAUCGACAAGCUGGAAAACUUUGCCAUCGACUUUGAAAUCUUCCCAACCUUUGGAUCAAAAGUCAUCGCCAAGACAGUCGCCCUGCCAGACGUCUUUGAGAACAACGGCAGAAGUUCAGGCCACUGCUGUCUUCCCGUCUUUGAUCCCCGGCUGAGAGCCAUCGGUGAAAUCCGCUUCAACUUCCAGGUCAUCAAGCCGUAUUACGGGGAUCCGUUGGAAAUCACCCAUUUUGCUACCUACUGGAAAGCCACCAGUGCCUUUGACGCCGAACAUAACGGACAAGUCACCGGCUCUAGUCUGUCGGGCGACUAUGUGCAGAUAUUCGUACAGAUGACCAGAGAUCUAGUGCCGGUGCUUUAUCCAGAGUUCACAAUCAUGCAUCAUGGCGUACGCAUACCCAUCUCGCAUCUAUCCAUCGACGAGUUCAGGGCCAUCGGCCUCCAACAUCCUCCAACAAACCCCUACCCAUCCAACUCCAACUCCAGCUCCAACUCUACCAGCUCCCUCCUCCCUUCCCUCGCCGCAAUGUCCAUAACCGACAUCCCCACCGCCCACCGCCUCCUCGCCACGUCCUUCCUAACCCUCGAAGAAGUCCUCCUCCACCUACCCACCUCCAUCCAUGUAAACCUAUGUAUCCUCUACCCAUCCCCGGCCGAGCAGAAAGAACUCGACCUCCGCCUUACCUUCAACAUCAACAACUUUGCCGACGCCGUUCUCACACGCGUGUUUAAUCAUGCCCGUGCCUCCAGACUGGCCACCCCAGAUUUCAUGAGGUCGGUGGUCUUCACAAGCUACAAUGUAGGAAUAUGCGUGGCUUUGAAUUGGAAACAGCCAAAUUAUCCCGUCUUACUCUGCAACGAUCUCGGCCAAGCCCGAGAUUCCGGCAGCGGUUCCCGUUCCGCAUCCUCGUCUCCGCCCUCUUCAUCUCCGGCAAUCCAAUACAGCGGCCGCGCAUCCCUAUCCAUCAAGGAAUCCGCCCGUAUCGCUCAAAGUAAUAACCUCAUGGGCCUAAUGUGCCGAUCAAGCCUUCUCAACGUAAUGCCUUCUCUCGCCGAAUCGAUAAAAGAGCUCGGCCUCGUGCUAGUAGCAGAUACAUCAGACGACAGCGCCGAGCGGCGUCAACAGCAACAGAACGCAGGCUCAAACUCGACAUCACGCACUGGCUUCGCAGGUGCAAAUGAUACCCUCUUCCGCAUGCCCGGUAACGUCAAUGGGGUCAUGCGUGAAACCGGCGUGUUACGAUUUAACGACUCAAUUGAUAUGUGA